UGACAAACCCAUUCUCAUUGUGACGCACAACAAUAAAGCCAAGAAAUAUAGUCCACAUUGAUAGACUGAGAGGCAGAUACUCUUAUAAGUGGUCUCUCAAAGGCCCCUCAAUAGAUGGCACUGAAUGAAGAUAUUACUAUUUACUGCCCCGCGCUUCUGUUUGGUGUGCAAGUUAAACUUUGGCCGGGAGUCCAUUGUCUCCAGUGUCUAUCAUUUAAUGGGAACUUUGACGUAAUGAAUGAAGCGGGUCCACCUUCUGUCGGACAGAAAGAGCUCGCUCUUAUCAGCCUUCACAAUCAGACCUCCACGGCUCCACCAAUCGGAACGCGGCCAGAGACGCCCAUCAGCGCUCGGGGAAAGAGGGUUUUGUUUUCUUUGUGUAUUUUAAUGAACUUUCCUCUCUUCAUCUGACUGAAAUACACCCACGCUAGUUGGAGAAAGUCUUCCGGAGAGUGCGUGUUCCAGAAUGAUCUCUUAAAACCAACGGGGUGUCCGAAGAAAAUGGCUGAAUUUCCUCCCAGGCAUCCCGGAUUUGGCAACUCUGGGAAGUGUUUUUUGAUCGAGAACCUGCUGCGCCCGGGGAAUUCUUCACCUGUUGGAUGGGUCGCGUCAGGUGUCCAUCGGAAGAGAUGCUCGCCCGCUGUGGUUUACGGACCUCUGGGUUUGGUACUGAAAGGGAAGGGCGUCCAUCGGAACGGGGCGUCGGAGAACCACACGUGUCCUCGGGUCACUGAUGGGAAAACAGUUAUGACGGGUGUUCCUGUGUCCUGCUACAGCGGUUCUGCACCUGCGAUGUUCACCAAAGGAGUCGGCGGUGCGCUGUGGAGCCCAGCGUUGAGCUCCAGGCCUCGGACGGGAAUUCUACGCAGAGCCGUGUUCUCCGAAGAACAAAGACGAGAACUGGAGAAAACAUUCCGUAGACAGAAAUACAUCAGCAAGACAGACCGCAACCGAUUGGCGACAGACCUCUGUCUGAAAGAGACACAGGUGAAGAUCUGGUUCCAGAACCGCAGGAUGAAGUGGAGAAACUCUAGAGAAAAAGAGAGCACGUACACACGACUGCCAACAGAUCAACUGAUGGUGUGGAGUAAAUCACAACCGGCGGACACACAACAACACACAACCCAACAGAGGAAACACACACACACCUGACAUCUGCGGGAUCACACGUGUAUCUGUCCAUAGCCACAGCAGAGAGACAUCAGAUUCAACUGAACGGACUCUUUAAAUCACCAAAAUGUCAAGCUGGACACUGUUUGUCCUUCUUGGUGUGAGAUUUCUAUUUUUUUGGGUGCUGAUGGGGGUCGUUGAAACGGUGUUUAUAAUAAUAAUAAUAAUACAUGUAUUAUUGUGUGUAGAACUGACCAUUCGCCUUUUCCGCUUAUUAUAGAAAAGAUGCUUUUUUAUGGAUCUUAAAGGGAAAACAUCUGCUGAAAGUGCCACAUGCAUUAUGAUUUCACAUGCAGUGGCCACAGUCUGAGAGAUCCCUUUUUACAAGAAUUCAAUGUAAAAGUCCUUAACAUAAGCUGUUUAUA